CUUUGAGCAGUUCUCUUACGGCGGGGGGCGAGCGGAGUCAAGAAAAGGCGGCGGUUAGUUAGUUAGCUAGCAAGCGACUGACGGCAACCGACAGGAGGGACUCUCGGGCGAAGUGAGCGAGACAAAGAACGUCCAUUCUCCUCAGCCUGAACGUCUCGCAGUUUACAAAGUCAGAUAGACAUUAGACAGUCCAGACGGGACUACGGUGCUUGCGUACUUACCGUAUGGUCUAAGAGGCGGAGGACUUACGGAUAUCCGCCGGCCGUUUAGCACCUGCGUCAUCAUGGUAGCACCCACAACGGCUAGACCUGCCAAGUCGAAGCAAAAACGGCCUCCUAAUCCUCCUCAACCCCCUUCCACACGUCCUCCGUUCCCUCCGCCUAUGCCGCCUUACUCUUAUCACGAUGGACAGUAUCCUCCCGCGAUGCUGCAAGGACAGUAUUUCGCUCCCCCACCGCAACAGAACAUGUUCUAUCCUCCCUAUCCUCCCUAUCCUCACUAUCAAGGCCCACCACCGGCGGGCUAUGCGUUGCGGUAUGAACCUCCUCCACAUCCUACUUCCGGAGGCUACUACGUGCCAACACCCCCAGCAGUACCACUGCCGCCCGCAGGUGUAUCCAAAGCGCCUGCCUUGUCGCCGCAAGACUUUCCGCUUCUUAAGUCCUCCUCAACCUCAACCACCUUAUCACGGGCCUCUCCCGCAAAAGUCUCGAUAUCCGAUCCAUCUGGCAGGAAGGUGGAGAUGGCUCCUCCUGCUGUCGCGAAGGCCGCAAAGGCUGCCGCACAAACGGUACCUUUCGACGCAGGUGUUGCGGCUUCUCUCCAACCCAUAACCGAAGAAUUUCAACGAUCCUUACGCCGGCUCCGGAAGGUGGAUGCCAUGUUGGGCCAGGCACUGGGACGCCCGGCGGUCGCCAUGGAACAACAGUUGUUGAUGGAGGAUCUGAACUCCUUUGCGACCGUGCAAAGCGAGGCAUUCAGUGCCGUCGCAAAGGGUUGCGGGUUGCGGGUUGCGGGUUAUCCGCACAUGGGCGAUGACAGCGCCCCUUUCAAUUUCGAUUUGGUGAAACUGCUGGAAGCCUCUGCCACUGACGUCCAGCAAAAGCAGCUGGAGAUUGCCGCGAUCGGAAAUUACGCUUUUACUAUCGAGGACGCGGUGAUCUUGAGCAACGCCGCCCAUGGGUUCUUUCAGGUCUCGGUCCCAGACCCUACGACUUGCGUAGAACCAGGCCAGAGCGCGCAGAUCUCGCUCGCUUGCAACAGCGGGUGGCGAACGUCCGCUGGAAAAGUCGACGCCACGUUGUGCUUGAUCGUAACGGUCUCCUCGCACUCAUGCGCAUCCUCGGCCGAUGCGAAACCCUCCCUGCCCCGGAUCGGCUCGCUAUCCCUCCUUCUCACGCGAAACAUCAGCAUCAGCUUCGUCGACAGGGUCUCGCCUCUCUCUGUCCUUGCCGGGAAGUUCACCCCCGCAUGGCUGCGAGAGCUCGCCUCCUUCGAUCUGACCCCUUCACAGAUCGCCACGAUGCCCGCACCCCCGUCCGGUCUGAAUUUGCGAAGAUGGCUCCACGCCAACAUGCCCAAUAUCACCGAUCCGACUAUCAACCAACUCGUCUCGCUACCCAUUGUUUCCAUGCUACCCGACCAACAGGAAUCGAGGCUCUUCCUUAAGCUCUCCCCCGACACGUUUGGAUUGCAUUUCGACUUGCUUCUGCGUUUGGAGCUCGGUGCCGUGCAGCGGCAAUAUGCAGAGUACACACUCUACGACUCGACGCUGGAGUUCCACUCCAAGGCAAAUGAACCGGGAUGCUCAAACUACCUCAUCAAAGUCCCCGGAAUAGCAGAUGGAAAGCCCCCCCUCCAGCGCGGGGACCCAGUCCACGUGCGCUUCUUCCCGCUGGUGCUCACUCAAGAUAAUUACGAGUCUAGCAAAUGGACUGUGAAGGAACACCGCGGGUGGGUGCACAACCUGGUACGCCGCGAUGGGAAGGUGUUUGUUGGGUUGCCGGAUAUCAUGGCAACCGGGGAUGGUGGACAAUCGAGCCUGCAUAUGUUCAAGUAUGUGGUCUCGUUCCCGCUGCCGGUGGAGGAAGCUGCGCUGGCGAGACGGGCGCUGUUGGCGCUGGACGCUGGGAAUAAUGGUGAGCACACCGCGAUGGACGGGCUCAGGACAAUGUUGUUCCCGACGGAAAGCGAUUGCAAGGUCCUGGACGACAACAUUCCCCUCGGCGACCCGGAACCGACCUUGACUUUCUACAACAACGAGCUGAACCCGGCACAGAAGAUGGCCGCGGAACGGCUAGUGCAAGGCGAUUACGGCGACGUGCCCUUUGUUAUCAUUGGUGGACCCGGGACGGGGAAGACAUCCACGUUGGCGGAAUGCUGUAUGCAGAUCUUGAAAAAGGAGAGAUCCCCGACCGCCCGCGUGAUCGUCUCGGCGCCGUCCAACUCGGCCUGCGACACCAUCGCCCGCCGCCUCGCGGCGUAUCUCGGGCCCGACGAGCUUAUCAGGAUCAAUCACCCUUCCCGCCGAACAGAGGACGAGGUCCCCGAAGACCUCCGCCGAUACUGCUGCACCACCCAAAUCGACGGCAUCCUCUUCCACACCGUGCCCCCGCUCGCCACGCUCAUGAAGUACAAGGUGGUUGUCGUAACCUGCAUCGAUGCCGCCCUCCUUCAAUCCCUCGGUCUCGCCAACAAAGACCUGCGCGCAACACUCCAACCCAACCGCACACCGCUAGCGAACGACCCCCUGUUCCACUUCACCCACCUCCUCAUCGACGAAGCCGGCCAGGCCACCGAACCAGACACCUUGCUCCCCUUAACCCUCCUCACCGACGCGCUACCCUCCAUCACCCGCACCGCAAAGCUCGUCCUUUGCGGCGACCCGUACCAACUCGGCCCACGCGUCACCUCCCACCCCGCGCGCGCCGCCCAUCUCCACAUCUCACUCAUGGAACGCCUCAUCGUCUCCCAAAAACUGUACCAACCCUCCCACUCCGGCCGCCUCGACCUCCGCAUCGCCCCCAAACCGGGCUCCGACCCGCGCGUGAUCCAAAAGGGCAAACGCGUCCGCCCCACCGUCUGCACCCUCGACGACAAUUACCGCUCCCACCCCUCCCUCCUCACCGUCCCCUCGCGCUUAUUCUACAACUCCCGCCUCCGCGCCGUGGGCGAACCAUGCGAAACGCAUCGGGUUGUGAUUGCGGGGCUGGAGGGGGUGUUGGUGAACCCGCGGCUGCCGAUGAUGGUUGUGGAUGUGGGCGAGGAGGACUCGGACGCCGUCGCGGAGGUUGUGGAGGGCGAUGGGGUCAGUGGGUGGUGGAAUCUGCGGGAGGCGAGGGAGGUGGUGAGGGUUGCGAGGGGUGUGGUUGAGGCCGGGGUUGUGGAGGCGAGGGAGGUGGGAGUCAUGUCACCGUUCAGAGAACAAGUCAAACGCAUCCGCUCCAUGCUCCGGAAAACUACCAUCCGCACUUCAGGCGUUCCCUCGAAAAAGGCAAAAACACUCCGUGACGUUAACGUCGGCACCGUCGAAGACUACCAGGGCCAAGAGUUCCCCAUAAUCCUCAUCUCCCCCGUGCGCACGCGCCCCUCUGCCCUCGCCAAGGACAUGGAGAACGACAUGGGGCUCAUUGGGUUUCCGAAACGGUUCAAUGUGGCGGUCACGCGGGCGAAGAGUCUGUGUGUGGUUGUGGGGAGGGUUGAACUGCUUGUUCGGGAUGCGGGGUGGAGCGAGUGGAUUGGAGGCGUGCAGACGCGGGGUGGGGUUCUUCGGGUUAGGAGUCACGGAGACGCGGACCCGGUGGGCCUAGAGAUUGGGGGAGCGGUUUUGGAGGCGGGCCUGGAAGAUGGGGAAAUUCCUGAACCCGCAUCUGAAAGAACGCGGGGAACACCCCUCGGCGAGGAACUGGAAGAUGGGGAGAUCCCCGAAGCGGAGGUUGGAAGAAAGCCGGUGGCGCUCACCGGGUUCUUUGCGGAAUCUGCCUCGGGGAGUUACGAGGAGCUCGGCGGGCUUGAGCUCGAUCUUGACGAUAUGACGAUACAGCCGGAUGUGGUGGGGGAUGCGUUCUUUGGGGAGUAUGGGGAGUUGGGGGGUUUAGAUGAGGGUUAGUGGGGAAGAUGCGGG